GGUUCAGGGCCCGGAUGUCACACUGGCUUCUUGACCAUUUGUGUGUUUUUCCGUCUCUGCCAAUGUUAUGUUCUUGUUUCUCUCCCUCCCAACUGGGUUUGUUUAGGCAGGGCGGGUCCUGCUUGGACCUCUGAGCCAUGGAAGGUGACUCAUGACCCCGUGAAACUCGCCCGCCCGGGUGACAUUUUCAGUGGCCCGACCACAGUCUGGCUUCAGUUCUGACAGGUGUCACCCAAUCUAACAAAGUGUGGGGAGCUCCUGGCCCUCAGACCGAAGGCCCAUCUCAGGGGCUAGGCAGCUAGUGAAUCCUGAACCUCUCUUCCAUGUGGUCUGCACAGCUCUCCACAGUCGAUUGCUCUUUCCAGGAACUCCAGAUGGCCUCCAGGACUGUGAGAAACGGCGCCUGUUUAACCAGGCCACCGUGUCUACAGGCUUAGGAAGAACCAGGCUGAGAUCUGCCUUUGAGACCCAUAGCACGGUGGCAGAAUUUCUCAGGGCAGCUAAGGGAAGACUGUAGAAACCUAACGGGAAUUCGUUCCCUGCUUGUUUCCAGAUUACUACCAGAGAGAAACUGCUCUUUGAUGGCCAUGGCAUAAGGAACAUCACCAGGAAUACAGCUUUGCACUGAGGAGAUGCGAACAAACGUUUAUUCAUCCCAGAUAGGGCACCAAGGACAGAGCAAAGUACGAUACCACCAAAGUACAACUUGGCGAACCACACUAAACAAGAUUGGUGAUGAAAUGGAGCCUGGAACGAACUCUUUUCGAGUAGAGUUUCCAGAUUUUUCCAGCACCAUUCUGCAGAAACUGAACCAGCAGCGCCAACAAGGACAGCUAUGUGACGUCUCCAUUGUUGUCCAAGGCCACAUUUUCCGGGCACACAAAGCUGUGCUGGCUGCCAGUUCACCCUACUUCUGUGACCAAGUCCUCCUGAAAAACAGCAGGAGGAUUGUCCUGCCCGAUGUGAUGAACCCGAGAGUGUUUGAGAACAUUCUCCUCUCCAGCUACACAGGACGCCUUGUGAUGCCUGCUCCAGAGAUCGUCAGUUACUUGACAGCAGCCAGCUUCCUCCAGAUGUGGCAUGUGGUAGACAAGUGCACUGAGGUUCUGGAGGGGAACCCCACUGUCCUGUGUCAGAAGCUAAAUCACAGCAGCGACCACCAGUCUCCCAGUAGCAGUAACUACAAUGGCCUGGUAGAGAGCUUUGAGCUGGGCUCCGGGGGCCAUGCUGACUUCCCCAAAGCACAGGAACUGAGGGAUGGUGAGAACGAAGAGGAGAGCACCAAAGAUGAGCUGUCGUCUCAGCUCACCGAGCAAGAGUACUUGCCCAGCAACUCCUCCACAGAGCAUGACCGACUGAGCACCGAGAUGGCCAGCCAGGAUGGGGAGGAAGGAGCCAGCGACAGCGCCGAGUUCCACUACACCCGGCCUCUGUACAGCAAGCCCAGCAUAAUGGCUCACAAACGCUGGAUCCACGUGAAGCCUGAACGCCUGGAACAGGCCUGCGAGGGCAUGGAUGUGCACGCGGCCUAUGACGAACACCAGGUCACUGAGUCCGUCAACACCAUGCAGACGGAGCAUUUGGUCCAGCCUUCGGGAGUGGAGGAGGACUUCCAGAUUGUGGAGAAGAAAGUGGAGGCAGAGUUUGAUGAGCAAGCAGAGGAGAGCAACUAUGACGAACAGGUGGACUUUUAUGGCUCCUCCAUGGAAGAGUUUUCUGGAGAAAGGUUGGAUGGGAAUCUAAUUGGGCACAGACAGGAGGCUGCCCUCGCAGCAGGCUACAGUGAGAAUAUUGAAAUGGUGACGGGGAUAAAAGAAGAGGCGUCCCACUUAGGAUUCUCAGCCACUGACAAGCUGUAUCCUUGUCAGUGUGGGAAAAGUUUCACACACAAGAGUCAGCGAGAUCGACACAUGAGCAUGCACCUCGGUCUUCGCCCUUAUGGCUGUGGUGUCUGUGGUAAGAAAUUCAAAAUGAAGCACCAUCUCGUGGGCCACAUGAAAAUUCAUACAGGCAUAAAGCCCUAUGAGUGUAAUAUCUGUGCAAAGAGAUUUAUGUGGAGGGACAGUUUCCACAGGCAUGUGACUUCUUGUACCAAGUCCUAUGAAGCUGCAAAGGCUGAGCAGAAUACGACGGAGGCUAACUAAAAAUAGGGUCUGGCCCUUGAGUGGCAUGCACAAAAAUAAACUAUGGUAAUUAAUGCAAAUCUGGGCACAGAUGAUGCGUGCCACUUGCUAUUAUGAGAGAAGCUUAAAAAGAAAAAAAAAAGGAAGAUAUUUCUGAAAGACCAGCUCUAAGUAGGCCAAUUAAAAAAUUUAAUUCCUCAAAUUUGUAUGUUCUGGUCCUGGCCUAGAAUGGAUGAUAGGGAUAAGUUCACCCAGUGCCCAGCUGGCAAGACAGCCUUUCCAGCCAGCGUGACUGAAGUGGUGGACUUGGUGGCACACUAACCCACCAGUUCACUCAGGUGGCUGCAGUUUUCCAUCACUCAGUGCUCUGAGGUCAUGUUGCAUUUUAUUUUCUCCUGAUGGCUACAGGGAUUCUGGGGCUUUACUUAGGUAGUGCAUCACUGGAUGCUGCUCCCCUUGAGGCUACAGCAGCCUGACUCCUGGGCUGAGAUGUGAACAGAGCUCUUUCAAGUCUAGUUUCUAAAGUUCUAGCUGAAACUGGCGAUGUUAGAUAGACCUGAGUCCAGAACAGGUGACAUGGCUCGUUUCAUAGCGCUGCAGACUUGACAAAGCACGGUUUGUGCUUAGUUCUAAUUGGGUUUGAACCAUUGUGUUUCCUUUUAAGUCUCUGGGUGCCAGACAUGGGUGUCUCUAGUUGCCCCCCCUCAUUUAAUGGUGGCAUCUGGACCAGAUGUCCAGCCUGAAGUUGACUCUCUACCGUACUGGCAGUGUCCUGUCCCCCGGUCCCCCCCCCCCAGAUCAUGGUGCUUCCCAACAAGGGUCAACCAGGGACCACAGCUCAUGGGACCUAGCCAGAAUGAGUGGCUAAGAGUUACCUGUGAGCGGGACACCCCCAUACUCAGUGAGAGUCGGCAGAGGCAGCAACUUAGAAAAGCCUCAAAGCUGCACAGGUGUGGGGAAUGCUGUUUAGAGGGUGCACUGAGCAACACUGUCAGCUCUUUCUGGGACCCGGAGUGUGAGUUCAAAGUGGGAAAGGAGUCCCCCAUCAAGCAACGUCAUCCACAGAUCAUGUUCCCUAGUCGAAGAGAAAGCUGCACACAUUUACACCCACUAGGGGAAGGAAGGCCGCCCGCCCUUCAAGGCCUGUUCUGCCUGGAGUCGGGUGUUUUAGGUUGGAAAGAAAUCUUGUGUUCAGAAAGCUUUUAAUCGUGUGAUAGGCCUGUAGCUCUUACUGGGUAUGUCUAGACUGCUUUUGGCUCCUGGGAAUGUGUUAACAUUCUGACCAAAAGCAGCUGGAGGAGAAAGGGUUUAUGUCAGCUUACACUACUGUGCCACAGUCAUCCCUGAGGGAAGUCACAGCAGGAACUGGAAUCCUGACAGUCAAGACCAUCAGCCACAGAGGCGCGUGCCACAGGCCACUCUGAUUGGUCCGCGGUUGAGACUCCCUUCCCAGUUGAUGCCAGGCUGUGUCAAACUGUCGGCUAGCUAGGACAGGGUGUUGCUCCUGUGCCAUUCUCCAUAAACUUACUGGUCUAUUACUGCUAAGGAGAAACUUUUUUUUCCCUUAAAAUAAAAAUUAUUUUUCUUGGAUUUGGGGUGAAAUUUUGUUUUUAAAGUUUGUCUUUCUCUAACGUGACGGACAUUUCUGGCAAGGGCUUCUGAUCAUAAGGCUUCUGACACCAGGGGUUCACCUUUGACCUUUGUUUGGAAAGGGGAAAGAAAAUAGGGACUCACCAGUAAAUGCUUAUGAUCAAGAUUGUGAAACAGGGAUUUACGAACACUGUAUCCAUCUUGGCAGAUAAAAGCACUUUGUAUUUAAAACUUUAUUCUAAGUAUAGAUGUAGUUUUUUUUUUAAAAACCUGGAAACUAGAUAUUACCUCCUAGUGGUUUGGUACAUUCAGAUGUUCUCCCAGUGUUGGGAGUCUGUCUGUCUGCAGAGUCCUCUCUAUGUACCUUGGAAGCGCAUAGAGGGGAUUGUACGGCCACACUCACAUGCCUCCUCGUCUUCUCACGGGAGAGGCCAGAGGGUUUAGGGAUGACCCUAAGAUGUGUAAGGAUGAAGUAUUUUCAGCUUCUAGUAACUUCUACCCUGAGGCAGUUAAGGCACUCUGUUGUCAGGAGCUGCUCUGCACCCUGCCCACCCUCGUAUUCACAGAAUGCCUUCUGCCUGUUGAACUGUCGCCCAUUGAAGUCUCUUCAUGUGAGAACUAGGACCCUUGUGGAGACGAAUCUGAGGGGAAAGGAAAACACCCUGGCAACAUCGGGGUCCUUGGGUUGGACUGAACCUGUACCCUUGUCAUGCAUGGUGACAAAGCUUUUGUGAAUAGGUGGGGUGUCCUAGGUCCAGGAGGCAGAGGAGUAACCAUGGUCUAGGCAUUAAAGCCGAGGCUUCUGACCCGCCUUUCCCAUUAGAGGGCCUUCCCAGCACCCCUUCCCUGCUGUAGUACUGGUCUCCACCACUGCCUUAGGAAAGCCCACCCUUCCAGACAAGCUUGAAUAGUUGUGGACAGCACUGUACAUUUUUGUACAAAGUCCAGUGUUCAGGGACUUCAUCAGUGGCCCACCAGCAAAGUGUUCUCUACUUUGAGCCUUGACUGGUUUUUCUCCAGUCCUUAUAGGAAAGGGUUCCAGACCCUGCUGGUUGCAUUUCAUAGUCUGCAUGCACCAUGCCUCCAAUCUUGGAUGCACACGUCAGUGAGCUGCAUGGUCCGGCUCCUCGUGUGCCCUUGUUCUGAGCCCUGGCCCAUGGCCUUGAUUUCUAUAGCUCACCUUCUCUGGCCAGGUCCGUAGAGCCUGCCCUAAAGGGUUCCCUCCAUUGCAGGGGGUAUUUACUGAACUAGCUGACCCUGGACAGGCUCGUAGCUGUCGGGAAAGCUGCGUGCUGCAGAGGAUGAUGGCACACCCUGACUGGUGUGGAAGGGAGGGUGAGAAACAGGCACCGGUGCUGCAGCAGGGUCCCCAAGGUCGGAUGCAGCUUUGCCUCUGCCACAGAUGAGGUGGUUGCUCGUUGAACUCUGACCCUUUGGGAAUGCUGGGGACCGAGGGCUGCCCUUGGCCUCCUGUGAUUUAGGUUGCUUUGACUAGUGACUAACUUUAUCCAAUGAAUCCAGGGUUGCUUUGAUUUUUCUUCUGUUUUUGUUGUGUUUUUUUCCUCUGCUAUUUACAUAUUUAAAGGUACUAGUUUCUAAUUGCAGAUCUCUACUGAUAGUACCCUGUGGGAACGUGCUGGAACACCUCUGCAAAUGUGAUUUUUGUUUCUUUUUAAUGUUGCUUGAAGCCUGUGUCCUGUCAGUCGCUGCUGCCUUUCUUUUUAUGAGGUUCCUAAUGUUUCUUCCAGAAAACUUAUUUAUGCAAGUCAGGUGACUCUUGGGCCACAGAACCACGGGAUGAUAAACAGAUUGUCAUUAGGUGCAUAUCAUGGAUACUUUGUGGACUGCCUGUGUUGCAGAAGUUAAAUAGUUCUCUCUAGAAUUGCUGUCUUCGGUAUACAGCGUGGUUUUAACUGAAUGUUACUGUUUAAUAUUUUCUUCUUAUAGAAGAGACCAUGCCCUUUUGUAUGACACGUUUUAAUAAAUGUUACCUGUCCAUUUUGUA